AUGGCACUGUGGGAGGUUGUUGGCGGUGUUGGUAAUGGCGGCGUCUUGGUGCGUUCGGGUCCAGCACUUUCGGACGAACUUUGCGACACACGGCUCACCACUGGUGCCGUGGUCAAGGAGAUCGACAGCAUGGAUGGACGCCUUUGCUACGAGCUUGUACGUGGUGAGGGCCCUGCCACGGGCUGGGUUACUAUGAAGCUGCGUGGCAAGGAUCUCCUUGUGAAGGCUGACGACUCGGAAUCAAACCGUGCUCAGCGCCGUGGAAGAUUCUCAGAGUGGGCAUCGCAGAAGUCAGAGGUUGCCGUGGUUGAGGAGGCUUCGACUGGAAGCGAAGUGGAGAUGCCAGCUGUAAUCACCAGCGAGUCCGAGGACAACACGGAGAACACUCCCAUCCCGGCCCAGGCCGGCAAGGAGCCAAACGAGGAUGAGCGCGAAGCUUUCCGUCUUUACACCGAGAAAUUUGGGGAAUGCCGUGACGGCUCCAACCCAGGCUACAGCCGAAAGGCCUUCCCGUGGUUCACAGGAAAGGCGCCGCAGGGUGAGAAAGUGUCCGCGGAGUCGCUGCAAGCAGCGCUAAGCUACCGACCAACCAAGAAGCGCCUGACGAAGGUCAACCUCACAGAGGUGGACUCCGAUCGGGAGGAGAUCCCACUCUGCACCCGGUGCUCGAUGCCCGUGGGCGAGUUUGCAUACCAGGGCCGUGAGGGCAAAGACACCUGUGUCCACACCGAGUGCAUGGCACAGGUCCUCAUGAAGGAGGCCCAGCGUGAAGAUGAACAUCGUACAACUAGGGAAAACAACAAGAAGCUCAAAAAUCGCAGGGAGUACAACAUCGGCUGGCGCAUGGACAGCGUCCCGACGAAUGCGAGCCUGGCGGCGCGCAUGGGCUGCCACCCCGCACCUCAGGGGCUUUGCUGCCUGGUCCUGGAUGAGGCUUCGAAGACAGUGCGUGUCGCUGCGACGCUGGAGCCGUCGGCCUCGGUGAACCUGGAGUACCUUCUGUUGGCCCUCAAGGUGAGGAAGUCUGCCUCCCGUGAGCCCCUCUUCUCGCUGGAUCCCAUCGACCCGAAGAACUUGGAGAACUCACCCCAGAAGAAGGUUUUCGAGCCUUCCUGGCUGGCCGGCACCAGCGCCGGCGAUGUCAUGUUCCAAGCCGACUACUUUCUGAAGGAGCUCGCUCUGGGCGAGUACUCGAUGCCAGUCCUCGGGAUGCUGAGUGUCUUUGACUGGUCUGAGAUUGGCGAUAAGGAGAAGACCUGGUCGGGCCGUGAGUGGUUCGUGGUGAAGAAGGCGGAGGUCCGCAUGGCCGAGGACCAAACGCUCAUUCCGCACGUCCGCAUGGGCGUGGAGGCCCGAGAGCAAAUUGUGACGCCCAAGGGCUUGGAGGAUGCUCCGGUUACCGUGCCCACGCACCCGCUCAAGAAGUUUGCAGAGGCCUUCACUCGCAACUUCGACCUCAUCGCAGAGCGCAAGAGUGUCAUUUUCCACCUGCGCGAGCUGGCCAAGGCAUCCGUCAUGGCCAAGUACCUGGUGGAUUCCAAGGCACGCAUUGACCCAUCCUGGUAUCGUUUGGCAGACGAGAUCGUGAAGGGUGCCCCGCCGGAGCCCCACAUGGAGAUCCCUCAGCUGUGGAACAUGCGCGGCAACUCCCGGAUCAAGCUCAAGAACGGACGCCUCAUCGACAUGGUCACAGGUGGCCAGAGCAAGCUCCAGGCCAUUUAUGGCGGUGUCGAGUUUGGCCUGGACCGUUUCGAGCUUGCUCAGCGGCAUGCGCUGCAGGGCCAGCCGACCGGAAUGCAGCUGGGCCAGUCAGGACGGCCGAUGUUCAUGCCGCAGCGCUUCCAGCUGGGCCAGCGCGAGAUGCCGCAAGGUGUGGACCUCAACUUGGACAAGUUCUCCCUCUCGACCGAGGAGCGCUUCCGGGGUCGUCUUCCACCCUGCAGCGGCGAUGCCAAGUCCCUGGAAGGCCGCACCACGCUGGGCAAGGCCUUCCUCAGCAGCCUGCGUCAGAAGUCCUGGUCCGGAAUGAAGAUGGACGACCAGAAGCUGCUGCUGAACAUCUUCGACGUUCCUCAGUGUGACCGAACGGAGGAGGGCGACGCUUUCACGCCGCCGGAUCCCAACCUUGAGUACAUCGUGAAGGUACGAAGCCUCGUGGGCGAGGAGCGUAGCAUCCGUGAUCGGCGCAGGGUUCGCUUUGCGGACAAGAACUUCGUGAUGGCAAAUCCUGGAUCGGAGUUCCCGAGAUCUUGGACCUCCCGCUUCCAGGUUGAGCUUGAGGGGCGAAUCUCCUACACGGCGCCCACGAAGUUUGGCUUGGUGAAGUUGGAUGUUGACGAGGCAUUCAAGCGCAGCAUGCUCGAGGAUGUGAUUCCCAAAGCCGCGCCGGAGUUCCAUCAAGUCACGGAAGACGGAGUCGCCUUCCGAAUCUACAAGCUUGGCAGCCUGGAGGUCCGCACCAUCCAGGAGGUCGAUGAGGCCGAGAUGGUUCAUGUGGUGUUCUCCUCCCGCGCGGUAUCCUGGGAGACGAAAAGCUCCAAACCGCAGGAUCAGCUCGGAAAGGAGAAGCUGAGCCGAUGCCGAGUGUAUGUGGAGGCCAUGGAGCACGAGGCCUGCAACAACUACUACAUCGUGCUGGACACGAACGAGAAGAGUGUUGUUGUGACGGAGCGCAUGUCCGAUGGAUCCUUGUGCUGGCUGCAGAAUCCUCACAACCUGGAAGAUCGCAACUCCUUGGCCAAGUUGCUCUUCACCGCAGAUUGCAAGGAGGGCCUGCGCAUGAGUGACGUCAAGCAGCACUUUGAGGCUCUUCCACGAGACACGGACGGCGAGCAUCGCAAGCGCUAUGCCAAGGCGCUUUACGUGUACACCACUGGUCGAAGCUUGAAGGGCAAGUGGGGAGGCAGUGCCCGCCGCUACACGGCACCACCGAUGCGUGGCCUCGGUGUUCAGGCACUCGGGCGCAGCUCGGAGUUCAUGAACGUGAUGUGGCUCGCCAGGAACUCUGGGAUGCGAGGGCUGUGA